GGAGUACAGACCCCUUGGGAACAGUGUAGGGGUGGGCUUGGGGAUGAAAUAGGGAAGCCUGUGCAGCACUGGGGAACAGAAGGACAGAGAGACACCACAGACAGGCAGGAGAGUGGGGCGUGACCCCUCCAAGGGGCUCCGUUCUCAGCGCCCCUCUCCUACACCUCUCAGGCCCCAGCGGAACCCACCAUGCUCCAGGCCACCACCUGCCUCAAGCACCAGGGGGAUGGCAGGGAGAGCCCCCCACUGCCACCACCAUCCGAAUCCCUGCUUGUCUCCCCUCCGGAGACACUGUUCCGACAGGGAAGUGGGGUCACCUACCGCAUCCCAGCUCUGCUCUACAUUCCCCCGGAUGAAUCCUUCCUGGCCUUUGCCGAGAAACGCUCCUCAGCCCGGGACGAGGACGCCAAGUACCUGGUGCUGCGUCGGGGCUGCCAGCACGGCUCCUCGGUCAAGUGGGGUCCGGUGGAGGAGCUGUCGGCGCUGGCACUGCCCGGCCGCCGCACCAUGAACCCGUGUCCGCUCUUCGAUGCCAGGAGCGGCACCAUCUUCCUCUUCUGCAUCUGCGUGGAGCAGGGGAAGACGGAGCAGCACCAGAUCUGGAGGGGGUGCAGUGCCGUGCGCCUCUGCUUCGCCACGAGUGCCGAUGGCGGCCGCAGCUGGGCCCCGCUGCAGGACGUGACAGACGAGGCCGUUGGCGCCGACCUGUCCCGCUGGGCCACCUUUGCUGUGGGGCCAGGCCACGGCAUACAGCUGGAUUCGGGGCGGCUCGUGGUGCCGGCGUACACCUACUACAUGCAUGGGAGCCUCUGCGGGGCCGCGCGGCUGCCCUGCUCCACCCGCCAGCACUCUCUCGUCUUCUACAGCGAUGACGGCGGGCGCCGCUGGCACAAGGGCGCCCUGCUCGCUGGCAAGCGCACGGGCGAGUGCCAGGUAGCCGAAAUCCACGGCGCCCACCCGCCCCUGCUGUACUGCAGCGCCCGCGCACCGCGUGGCUGCCGGGCCGUGGCACUCAGCACGGACCGCGGGCUGCGCUUCCAGCGCCCGACGCGGUGCCCGGCGCUGGCCGAGCCGCCACAUGGGUGCCAGGGCAGCGUAGUGAGCUUUGCCGCGCCCGCCGGCACCGCCGGGGUGCCCACGUGGCUGCUCUACUCCCACCCCACCAGCCGGCACCACCGGCGCGAUUUGGGUGUCUAUGUGAACCCGUCGCCGCUGGACGGGGCGGGCUGGCGGCGCCCGUGGGUGCUGCACGCGGGGCCUGCUGGGUAUUCCGACCUGGCCGUGUGUCCUGGCAGAAUUUUCGGCUGCUUGUUCGAGUGCGGCACUGCCAGUGCCUGUGAGGAAAUCGUCUUCUGCCUCUUCACCCUGGACUCCUCUGAUCAGAACCUCAAGGCUUCCUAAAACAGGCCUGUUUUACUCAAGAGGGUCACUCCUGACUGCUGGCAUCCUGGUCCAGACCUCACCAGCAUGUUUUGGAUGCUCCAGAGGCUCAGCAUCGCGUAGCUUUUGUUUAAUUUUAUAUUUAAUUAUUGCUUUUUAAUCACCCAGUCAGGUGGUGGUGGUGGACAAUCUGCUGCAGGUUGGCCGAGGGGUGCUGGCACAGCACCCAAAAUGCUGCUGCCGCUCCAAAAAUCGGCGUUUUUCACCUGGUAGCAGCAAAAAAGUGCCACCAAGAGCAGCUGGUUCCCUGAGGAAGAAGUCCCCUAAAGUCUUGAUUUUAAGUUAAAAAUGUUUCCAGUUUCUGUGUCCCCCUCAUGUGGCAGAGAGAAUUCCUAUUUUUUUAAUCCUGUUUUCUUCCUCUUGCCUGCUUUGGGCCUGUAUUCCCAUAGGAAAAAGAACUCCAGUCUUGCGGGGAUUUUUUUAUUCUGCUCCAUAGGAAUAGGUUGUGGCAUCCUGACGGCGACAGCAACCUCACAGUCCCCUGCUACUUGCAAAUAAAGUCCUCCCAAAGCAGGUGAAA